AUGACGAAAAAAGAGCUCCCAUUCUUCAGAAACUGGACUAGAGAAAUAAAAAAGACGCCAACACCACAAACACUCUUAGUGCCGAGGACUCAGUCGCCUCCCCCACCUCACUUACUCAUUCGAUCAAACUUUACGUCGCCACUUCAGGGCACAAGAAGAAAAGACUCUGUCUGUGGUGAGUGCAUGUUACCAUGCUAG